UACCCUGCGAGACUUUCUGAAGACGUGGUUGGUUAGACUUUCUUGUUCAGAUGAAGAUGAGGCCAAACAGUGUUCACUGAUGUUCCUGAUCUCGGAUGUUCCUGUUCUCGGGUGAUCAGAAGACACGGGAUUAAUUGAUUCAAUGAUUUGAACGUGUGAGUCUCGUUUUGGCGUCUUCACCAAGAGUGUACGAAUUUUCCCUUUGGUGGAAAGUGAAGUUGGGUAUCAACAUAGAAGUUAACAGUCUGCACAUAGGACAAAAUCAAGCAAUACUGAGCGGACGAUUCCGCCGUUUGAGAACAGGCACGUUGGGGAUAAUAUUGCCAGAAAGACGGAACUGGUAUAGAAGGAAAAGGCACCAGGCGACAAUGUGUGAAACCCUUUUCUGUCGUCCCCCGCCAAUUGCUGGAAUAUUGCUAAAAGCGGCGUAAAACAAUACUCACUCAUCAGGCGACACAUUAUUAAUAACUGAUGCUUACCAGAAGAAAGUGAAGAGAAGUGUUCAAACAGUACUGUAAUGACAAUUUGAAGAUUUGCAUGAAACAACUGCACAUUCCACGUGUUUGUAAAUACCCACUGUACGUCAUAUUUAUGAAGCAUGUUCGACAGUUCAUGUGCCGUGUCCUAGCCCAUGGAAAAUCACCCCUAAUCCUUGGAUAUUAAGGGAGUGGGAUAGUAUCGGUUCUAUGGCAGUAUGGAUACGGUUCUGCCAACCAGACGCUUUUCAGCUGAAUAUAUAAAACAACAACCUGAGUUUCAGUUCAUCAAGUCUGGCGUGUUCGGGGAGUAUUCCCGUGUGUCUGUAGAUCUGUCAGUCUACGCACGACGGCCAUAUUCUAUGAAUAUAGAUUCUGGUGACCAAUCGCCUAACACCGGAACCGGAAGUGAUAGUUCGAAGUUCAGCAAUCCUGCUUACCUCCGACCAUCAACAACAAGCGCAAUAAAAAUAGUUCAUAAAGUGAAUAAGAAAUAUGCAUCAAUUUCAACGAUACCACGACCAAAAACGUCUCUAGGAUUUUGCUCUCAAACCAAAGACAAUGAAUCUUUAAAACCAGGAAAGGAGAGAAAGGUGAGUGAAGUGACGUGGAAAUCAAAUACUGUGGAAGCUGAUUACAAAAACGUGAACCCCGGAAGGAAAAAAUCAUAUUACGAUCCAGCAUUCGAAAAAUCGAAAACCUUUCUCCAUAAGAAAAAUGACAUGUUUAGCAAAACUAACCAAUACCUGACACCAGCUCGACCUGGCCUGAGGAAUCUUCAGCUGCACUACACCGGCAUCAACACCACCUACAACGACAGAGUCAUCUUCGCAGACUUGCUGCAGUCUGCACACAAGAAAAAUGCAAUAGUAGGGGACGAAGUAUACAGCCUUGAACGACGCCUGUACACGAAAAGAGCGGAUCCAGCGAAAUCCACAACAUUCUGGGACCGAGGGGACGUGGUCAGCCCCCCAGCUAGAAAAGGAACUGCCAGAACUGUUGCUCAAAGGAAGAAGGAACGACGGCAGAAGAUUCAGGUUAAGAAUGAAAAGAUUAAGCUGGGGUAUGUCCCAAGAGCGAAAUCCUUGACCAUUCCUAGCGUGGAGGACAUGGAAGAGUUGAGGUUCAACUGUCGGUACCUCAGGAUCGACCCCCGGCACCAGCAGCAUCUCUACAACACCGGCCUCGUGUUCUACGGUCAGGACCACAGUGGUCCGGAGCCUGGAGCUCUGACGUGUGACGGUGAGGAGAGUUAAGCGGGGGAUCGUGCAUCUUCCCGAGGCAAGGGAGUUAACUGGCUAUAAAAGGAUCCCGGAGUUACAUUUUGGCAUGACUAACGAGUCUAUGCAUAGUCCAAUAAAAAUCAGUUAAAGAACUAGACAUCCGGUUCGUAAACAACAUGGAUUUCAACAUGCAGAUUUCAGUCGACUGCAGCAUUUGCAAAGCAUGUGUACCGCUGACUGUGUGUCGACAGAUAUUUACCAAAUCUUUUCAUGUUUUAGUCAAGGUGCUCAAGUGAUUUGAUGCAGUUCGUGGGGUAAGACCCGUUCUAUUACAAAAUUGAUCUUGAUAAACGAUCAGAUCGUCUUGACAGGGCGCCGCCAUUUUGUUUGAAGAAAAUACAAGUGAUAUGAGAGAGGUGGAAUCUGAUUGGUCAAUAGGAGGGAAAUGGAAAGGACAUAACUAGUAAUAGCCACUGGUGGCGCUACGAUCGAGCCUGGACAUUGCAGCCCAGUUCGGCAAGGGUGGAGACUGAACUUUUAUCUCGGCGAGAUGGGGAUGGUGUUUUCAGGGUCAGGGAGACACUGGACCCGAGGCUGGACCCGAGGCUGGACCCGAGGCUGGACCUUCUCCCUGUACCAACAAGCAGAGUUAAUAGCAACUGAGAUCAUGAUGGGAAGUGGGAAACCCAGUUUAAGCGUUGUUUCUGACACCGAAAACCCGGCUCGAAUACCCAAAUGGUUUAAGUGUGUAUGUGUGACAUUCAAUAUUGCGUGAAAUGCUUGAAACCAAAAACUCAAUCAGUCAUUGUGCAAGCAGACUGUAAAAGACUAAACAGGCACUUCAGCAACACUUGCUUCCAAUGUUAUCCUGGGUCCACUUGCACAAAGCGCUCUUAGCGAUAAUAGGAUCUUAACUCCCAAACUUUAACAUAGGCUUACAAUAGUCUUCGCCCUAAGAUCGCUUUGUGCAUGUGGGCCCUGGUCCCCUGACGCUCGGGUGUGUUAUAUCACCUUGUGCUACUACUGUUACCAUCUGGAUGAUCUCCGUCUUGUGUCUCGGGCGC